CGUGCGGGCCACCACCGUGGUCUCUGAUUCCAGAGAAUUUCCUAUACGAGCAUCCACUUGUCUCAUAAACUAAUCAUCAACGCCAUGAAAUUGGGCGAUUCCUUUCUCUCCAUAUAUCUGGGUUUCUCGCUUCUCCUUUGCCACAAAAAUUCUCCAUGGUUUCUUUAAGCUUGCUUCUUUGCCCUUCAACGUUUCUCUCUCACUCUUCAUCUCCUUCUUCCUUUCCAACUAAAUCUGCGCUUCCUGGGAAUAUUCACUCCGCAACAAAACCAUUUCUCCCUUUAUCUUUAAAACGGCAUCGUUUGCCUUCUCAUGUGAAGAGCAAUUUCGUUGUCAGAUCAGCUCUGGACGAGGUGUCUGUCCUCGACCCACCUCCUCCUCCUCAAAACGAGAAGGGGAAAACUGAGCUCAUUGCUUCUUUGAAGCUCAAAUUGCUGAGUAUUGUUUCUGGUCUGAACAGAGGCCUUGCUGCUAGUGAAGAUGAUAUGCAGAAGGCAGAUGCUGCUGCGAAGGAGCUUGAAGCUGUUGGAGGACUAGUAGAUCUCUCAAAUGAUAUUGAUAAGCUGCAAGGAAGGUGGAAGCUGAUUUAUAGCAGUGCAUUCUCAACUCGCACUCUGGGUGGAAGUCGUCCUGGACCUCCCACUGGAAGGCUGCUUCCUAUAACUCUAGGCCAGGUGUUUCAACGGAUUGAUGUCUUAAGCAAAGAUUUUGAUAAUAUAGUAGAGCUUGAAUUAGGUGCUCCAUGGCCUUUGCCACCUGUUGAAGUCACUGCCACAUUAGCCCACAAAUUUGAACUCAUAGGAUCUGCAAAGGUUAAAAUAACAUAUGAGAAAACGACUGUGAAGACAACAGGGAACUUGUCACAACUUCCUUCUUUAGAAAUACCUCGAAUUCCUGAUGCAUUAAGGCCUCCAUCCAAUCCUGGAAGUGGUGAAUUUGAAGUUGCCUAUGUUGAUGGUGAUACCCGUAUCACCAGAGGAGAUAGAGAAGAGCUGAGGAUUUUUGUAAUCUCGUAAUUUUUUUUUUCUUGUGCAGUUUCUUUGCCAUCCCUUCACAUUCAAUAUUCUCUCAUCAUCUCUGUAUAUCAAAAGCAUUUGUCUAUCUUUUCGUUC